CCAUGCAGUUUCACAAAUAGGACGAUUUAUGAAAAUCCAAGAUGGUGGUUGUUAGCAAGCAGUUGUUUGACGCAGUGUGCCGUGAUGCCCAUUGCAGUCUCAUGACCCACCCCUGGAACGAAAGCUGUAUCAAAGCAUGUCCAGGGUUAUACAAAGAUGCUAUUAUUGGCAGUGCCAAGUUCUACUCUAUUAUUUACCUUGCACAAAUCUUGAUGCGAGGAAAGAAAAUGAUGAAAAAAGAACAAUGGAUCAAGAUGGGAGAAUAUUACGUGAGGUCCACCAUGUUAGGAUUUAUGGUCACAUCUGUGGGCCCCAACAUUAGUUGUUUAAUUAGAAAAAUGUUAGGGGAUCAAUUCUAUUCUUCAACGUACCUGUUCAUACCUUUUGGUGUGUGUGGACUCUUCAUUUACUUGGAGCCACCUAGCAGAAGAGGGCUGGUUAUUAAUCUGUUUUGUAACUUGCUAAUCGAGUACUAUAUAAAAGUUUUGGAACGAGCUGGAUUUCCGACUGUAACGAGAACACAUCAGACGCUGAUGUUCAUGUUGGGCAGUUCCUUAUUGUUCUACCUCAUGAGGCUAGAAGGAGACAAGAAGGAGAGGACUCCCUUGUUUUGGCUAUUUACUCCAGAAAAAGUAAAAAGAAAAACAACCGAAUCGGAUAGUCCUUGUCCGCAUAAAGGGAUAUGUGAAAAAUAUGUUGCAAAAGGUUUUGCCACAUAUUUUGGAGUAGGUCUCGGUAUAUCUUUAGCGAGACUGAUCAUACCAAAAAUUUCAACUCCAAUAAAGGCGAUAUCUUCGAUUAGAAGUAAACACUUCAAGUUAGCAAUGUUCUUCGGCAGUUAUAUCGGUAUUUACAGAGCAGUGGUAUGCUACUUGUGUCGUAAGCAAGGAUUCGACUCGGCAUUGUACGCGUUACCAGCUGGUUAUGCCGCGGGAAUAUCAUUUUUAUUCAACCCUAGUUUAGGGUUGUCUAUAGCGUCAUUGACUGCAGCGUUUAAGUUGUAUUCAACAAUUUUAUACGAGAAGAAAAUCUUGCCAUCAAACAUACCUCUACCGGAGUUGUUAUACUGCUUUUGCCAAGGAACACUAUUCAAUGCUCGCAUCGUGGAUCCUGAUGCAUGCCCCAGCUACGUGUUCAAUCUUAUGAAGUCUUGCAGUAAUGGAAGAUCCGAGCACGUAUUUAAAAGUUUCUCCGAAGUAAUUCGACAUGCGAUAUAAUAUUUAGAAUAAUUAAGCAAUUUUAGACCAAAUAUUUUUACAAUAUUACUUGUUUCUGUAAGAUUUAAAAACAAUCAUGUUUUUAUACAAAUAGUUUAUCACAAUGGCGUCCGAUCCGAACAUAAUUAAGAGAUGUCUAUUUCGAUGAUUACACCAAAGAAAUAAAAAUAUAUAUUGUGGUGGGUGGAGGUGUGGUAGGCCAUAUUAUAUAACUGUAUUAUACAGGACGGUGCUGAGAAUAAGCGCUGUGGACUCGAGCCUUGCGCUGCGAUGCACCAUGACCUUCUUUAUGUGUCUUCUUGCAUUGUAAUCUGCAUGCAUGUCGAGGCGUAAUAAACGGGUUCUCUUUCUUUCUUUUACCUAUAUAUGUGAUACAAAAACUUUUAUGACAUCAAUAUUGCAUUGUCCAUUAGUCUGUUCGUGUCCCUUCGUCCAGCAUACUCACCAUGGAAUCCUGAUAUUUCAUGAAUGUCAAAAAACUGUUCUGAAAUA